AUGGAUUCACAGCCCAACGCAAUGAAGAGAAAGCGAGAUCAAAGCCCGAGCGACGAGAUCGAGGGAUCCAACGCCCCCAAGAAGCUUUCCACGUCGGACAUGCGCCAGCCCCUUGGGCCUGAUUCGGGUGGCACGAUGAAUCCCGUCGGAGGACAGGCGGCAUCAUCUCCCGGAACUAUUCCCGCAUCUCCUCGCCAACAGCUUUCAAAAAAUGGAAAGAAGAAGCUAGAGACAAUCCUGGAGACUUUCGAAAGCCUUGUUCGCCAGAACUCCGAGCAGCCAUCCACCGCGAUUUUGCAGUCCUUUGAGGCAGUUAUCGUGCCACUUUUGCAAAAGAUUAAGGAUUCAGAGAAGGAGACUAAGAUUUGGAAGUGGAAAUUCAAUGACAAUGAAGAGACAAUCGAUGCUAUGCUAGCCGUUGGCUUAGAAAGGCGGUAA